AUGCCUUCAUUAAACAUCCCUGAUACGUUCAACAAAACUAAAGACAUGAUAAGGGACUUAAGCCUAGAUUAUAAGAAGAUCGAUGCUUGCCCUAAUGAUUGCAUGAUAUAUUGGAAAGAUCACGAGAAUGAUACUUCUUGCCAUGUUUGUGGUGCUCCACGAUGGAAUGAAGAUGUCAAAGGAAAUUAUCAUGUUGAAAAAAAUCAUAAGUAUCAUAAAGUUCCUUCAAAGGUUUUGAGGCACUUUCUGUUGAUUCCUAGACUUCAAAGACUGUUUAUGUGUUCAAAGACAGCUAGCUCAUUAAGGUGA